AUGUGGGGGGGGGGGGGGGGGGGGGGGGGGGGGGGGGGGGGGGGGGGGGGGGGGGGGGGGGGGGGGGGGGGGGGGGGGGGGGGGGGGGGGGGGGGGGGGGGGGGGGGGGGGGGGGGGGGGGGGGGGGGGGGGGGGGGGGGGGGGGGGGGUGGGGGGGGGGGGGGGGGGGGGGGGGGGGGGGGGGGGGGGGGGGGGGGGGGGGGGGGGGGGGGGGGGGGUGGGGGGGGGGGGGGGGGGGGGGGGGGGGGGGGGGGGGGGGGGGGGGGGGGGGGGGGGGGGGGGGGGGGGGGGGGGGGGGGGGGGGGGGGGGUGGGGGGGGGGGGGGGGGGGGGGGUGGGGGGGGGGGGGGGGGGGGGGGGGGGGGGUGGGGGGGGGGGGGGGGGGGGGGGGGGGGGGGGGGGGGGGGGGGGUGGGGGGGGGGGGGGGGGGGGGGGUGGGGGGGGGGGGGGGGGGGGGGGGGGGGGGGGGGGGGGGGGGGGGGGGGGGGGGGGGGGGGGGGGGGGGGGGGGGGGGGGGGGUGGGGGGGGGGGGGGGGGGGGGGGGGGGGGGGGGGGGGGGGGGGGGGGGGGGGGGGGGGGGGGGGGGGGGGGGGGGGGGGGGGGGGGGGGGGGGGGGGGGGGGGGGGGGGGGGGGGGGGGGGGGGGGGGGGGGGGGGGGGGGGGGGGGGGGGGGGGGGGGGGGGGGGGGGGGGGGGGGGGGGGGGGGGGGGGGGGGGGGGGGGGGGGGGGGGGGGGGGGGGGGGGGGGGGGGGGGGGGGGGGGGGGGGGGGGGGGGGGGGGGGGGGGGGGGGGGGGGGGGGGGGGGGGGGGGGGGGGGGGGGGGGGGGGGGGGGGGGGGGGGGGGGGGGGGGGGGGGGGUGGGGGGGGGGGGGGGGGGGGGGGGGGGGGGGGGGGGGGGGGGGGGGGGGGGGGGGGGGGGGGGGGGGGGGGGGGGGGGGGGGGGGGGGGGGGGGGGGGGGGGGGGGGGGGGGGGGGGGGGGGGGGGGGGGGGGGGGGGGGGGGGGGGGGGGGGGGGGGGGGGGGGGGGGGGGGGGGGGGGGGGGGGGGGGGGGGGGGGGGGGGGGGGGGGGGGGGGGGGGGGGGGGGGGGGGGGGGGGGGGGGGGGGGGGUAGGCGUAGGGGGGGGGGGGGGGGGUGGGGGGGGGUGGGGGGGGGGGGGGUGGGGGGGAGGGGGGGUGUGGGGGUGGGUGGGGGGGGGGGGGGGGGUGUGGGGGGGGGGGUGGGGUGGGGAGGGGGUGGUGGGGGGGGGGGUGUGGGGGGGGGGGGGGUGGGGGGGGGGGAGGGGGGGAGGUGGGGGGGGGGGGGGGGGGGGAGGGGGGUAG